UUUGCCUCCCAGCUGAUGCGCACUGCUCCACAGUUCUUCACAGUCUUCACCCCCCAACAGCCUCCUCUUCAUCCCGGACCACAGCGACUGCUGUUCGGACUCUUCCUCCCAGAAAUCCCGCUGGUUCCGAUGGAAGCUCGGCAGUGAAGGCGGCAGGACGCUGCAGUCCAGUCGGUCAACUAUUUGGCGGCGUUGCGGUGCUCUGCAGGCGGCUGACGGAAGUUUGAUUCGAAGUGGGCGUGUCCUCACCCCGCCCCCCCCCCACCCCACCCCCAGGAUGGACUUCCCCGACGAGCUCCUGCUGGCCGAGCUGAGCCACCUGCAGCUCUACAACGACUCGCUCUUCCACAGCAACUUCAGCGGCGUCUACAACGAGACGGACGCCCUGCUGCCCACCAGCGUGAAGGUGACCAUCGUGUUGGUCUACAUGAUCGUGUGCGUGGUCGGCCUGGUGGGCAACUUCCUGGUUAUGUACGUCAUCAUCAGAUACACCAAGAUGAAGACAGCCACCAACAUCUACAUCUUUAACCUGGCUCUAGCCGACUCCUUGUUCCUGGCUACAUUACCUUUCCAGGGCACUGAUGUCUUCCUGGGAUUCUGGCCGUUUGGGAACGCCCUGUGCAAGGCAGUGGUGUCCAUCGACUACUACAACAUGUUCACCAGCACCUUCACGCUCACCGUCAUGAGCAUGGACCGCUACGUGGCCGUCUGCCACCCCGUCAAAGCUCUGGACAUGAGGACGCCUCACAAGGCCAAGGUGGUGAACAUCUGCGUGUGGGUGUUGGCCUCCGCCUUCGGGGUUCCGGCCAUGGUGAUGGGGAACGUGGAGGAGGAGCAAGAGCACAAUAGCGUGGAGUGCAUCGUGGUCCUCCCGGAGCCGCGCAGCCACUGGGACCCGGUCUUCGGCACGUGCGUCUUCCUCUUCUCCUUCCUGAUCCCGGUGGCCAUCAUCAGCGUCUGCUACAGCCUGAUGGUCAAGCGCCUGCGCAGCGUCCGCAUCCUGUCGGGCUCCAAGGAGAAGGACCGCAACCUGCGGCGCAUCACCAGGAUGGUCCUGGUGGUGGUGGCGGUGUUCGUGGUGUGCUGGACUCCCAUCCAGAUCAUGGUCCUGGCUCAGUCCCUGGGCUUCAACCUGAGCAGCCUGUCCACGCUGGUCCUCAUGCACUUCUGCAUCGCGCUAGGCUACGUCAACAGCAGCCUCAACCCGGUGCUCUACGCCUUCCUGGACGAGAACUUCAAGCGCUGCUUCCGCGAGUUCUGCCAGCCGUCGCCGUUCCGCCUGGACACGCAGCAGUCGGGGCGCAUGAGGAGCAUCGCCAGGGAGGUGGCGGCCGCUUACAGCUGCAAGGGCGGCGAGGGCGGCGGCCCCGGCGGCGGGACUCCAAACCCCGCGUGACUAGGCGUGGAGCUGCCCCUGGUGGGGGUGGACCCCCCGCAGAGCGGGGACACGCCGGGGACGGGGAACUCCAACACGGAGCUGACUCAGAUCACCGCGCUCUAGCGCCACGAGCCCCCCCGCCCCCCGGUUAGACGACUGGCUUGGGGCGGGGGGGAGUCCGACGACGACGACGGGAAACGGAUCUGAGACGCCGUUCCGACCUUUCAUUGGUGCUUUUCGGACCGUGGAGGCGUGGCUUGUCACGGGAGUCACGUGAUCAAACGUGGAGGAGAAGGUGUACUGUGAUAUAUGUACAGUAUGUAUACUAUUGAUCGAGUGCGCCCCCUGCUGUGGGGCGUAUGAAUGUUCAGUUAUUAUUACGGUGCAUUCAGGAAACUGGGAAUUCCAAACUUCUUUGUCAUCACACAUAAAUAUUUCUGGCUCAUACUCAUGGAAGCUGGCCUGCAUGGAGUUUGCUGCUAUGAUAUGUUGCUAUAAACGCUGCAUGAACUUCACACGCGUAUCGUUUAUCGUUUUUGUUUACGAACGUGAGAACCCACUUCCCGGUUUCCUUGAAUGCAUCACCAGCACAUGUUUUACAGGCGCGGUGGAACCUCCAAACUUCAAACUACAAAUAAGUCUGUUCCAGGGUCAAACCGUGGCCAUCAGAACAGCAUCAUUUAGUGCUAAGUCGCUUUUGAACAACUGCUGUGCAAGUGUAAAAGGAAGCGAAGCACCGUUAAUGAUGAUGUGAAUAGGAAUAGUCUGUUCCAGGGUCAAACCGUGGCCAUCAUAACAGCAUCAUUUAGUGCCAAGUCACUUUUGAACAUUCUUAACUGCUGUGCAAGUGUAAAAGGAAGCGAAGCACUGUUAAUGAUGAUGUAAAUAGGAUUAGUCUGUUCCGGAGUCAAACUGCAGCCAUCAUAACAGCAUCAUUUAGUGCCAAGUCGCUUUUGAACAUUCUUAGCUGCUGCGCAAGUGUAAAAGGAAGCGAAGCACCGUUAAUGAUGAUGUAAAUAGGAAUAGUCUGUUCCAGGGUCAAACCGUGGCCAUCAUAACAGCAUCAUUUAGUGCCAAGUCACUUCUGAACAUUCUUAACUGCUGCGCAAGUGUAAAAGGAAGUGAAGCACUGUUAACGAUGAUGUAAAUAGGAAUAGUCUGUUCCAGGGUCAAACCGUAGCCAUCAUUACAGCAUCAUUUAGUGUUAAGUCACUUUUUAACAUUUUUAACUGCUGUGCAAGUGUAAAAGGAAGCGAAGCACUGUUAAUGAUGAUGUGAAUAGGAAUAGUCUGUUCCAGGGUCAAACCGUGGCCAUCAGAACAGCAUCAUUUAGUGUUAAGUCACCAAUGAACAUUCUUAACUACUGCGCAAGUGUAAAAGGAAGCGAAGCACUGUUAAUGAUGAUGUAAAUAGGAUUAGUCUGUUCCGGAGUCAAACUGCAGCCAUCAUAACAGCAUCAUUUAGUGCCAAGUCACUUUUGAACAUUCUUAACUGCUGUGCAAGUGUAAAAGGAAGUGAAGCACUCUUAAUAAUGAUGUAAAUAGGAAUAGUCUGUUCCAGGGUCAAACCGUGGCCAUCAUAACAGCAUCAUUUAGUGUUAAGUCACUUUUGAACAUUCUUAACUGCUGUGCAAGUGUAAAAGGAAGCGAAGCACUGUUAAUGAUGAUGUAAAUAGGAAUAGUCUGUUCCAGGGUCAAACCGUGAACAUUAGAACAGCAUCAUUCAGUGUUGGGCCAAUGCUUCAAGUCACUUUUGAACAUUAUUAACUGCUGUGCAAGUGUAAAAGGAAGCGAAGCACUCUUAAUGAUGAUGUAAAUAGGAAUAGUCUGUUCCAGGGUCAAACUGCGGCCACCAUGAAAUCUUUAGUAAGCGCACAAGCAGUGCUUGAAGUUGCAUUUUAACAUUUUUUAACUAUCAUCCAAGUGUAUAAAGAAGUUAAGCACUGUUGAUAGUCAUGUAAAUGGAAGUGGUCUGUUCCAGUGUCAAACUGUGGCUACCAUGAAAUCUUUAGUAAGCGCACAAGCAGUGCUUGAAGUUGCAUUUUAACAUUUUUAGCUAUCAUCCAAGUGUAUAAAGAAGUUAAGCACUGUUGAUAGUCAUGUAAAUGGAAGUGGUCUGUUCCAGUGUCAAACUGUGGCUACCAUGAAAUCUUUAGUAAGCGCACAAGCAGUGCUUGAAGUUGCAUUUUAACAUUUUUAGCUAUCAUCCAAGUGUAUAAAGAAGUUAAGCACUGUUGAUAAUCAUGUAAAUGGAAGUGGUCUGUUCCAGUGUCAAGCUGUGGCCACCGUCAAAUCUUUUAUUAAGUGUACAGGCAGUAUUUGAUGUCGUAUAUUGACAUUUUCAAGUGUAAAAAGAAGCCAGAAGGCGUAGUUUUGCAUUUCCUGUUUGACUUUAGAGGCAUGUUUUGGGUUUAACUUUGGAGGUUCCACCGUCUUUUUGAUAAACGAUACAGAGCCUUUGUAAAUGCUGCAUGGAGGCGUCGUCUUGUGUGGCCGAGCACUGGGUGGGCGGGGCCCGGGCGGGGCCCGGCAGAGGGUUGGCUUAUUUGAACGCAAAGCAGGAGGACGGGGGUCACCGGGGCUCGGACCCCGCUCCAAAAGGGACAAAGGGGCUCUCUCUCUCUUCUUCUUCUUCUUCUUCUUGUGUCUUAAAGUGGACUUGAACCCUGAGAGCGAAACCACGUGGGGUCACUCGGGAGAGGAACGAAAACACUUGCCUUAAAUCCAUGCUAGAUUUUAGCUUUUUAACUGAGUUGCUCCUGUGUUAGCUUAAGUGGUGCCCCCGACGUAAUAGAUGCCGUAUAUUGCACACCACAUCGUAACGUUAGCCACAUUAGCAUAGCUAUGCCAUGCUAAAGCGCUAACGUUGCGCUUGCAUUUUUGCUAGUGUGUUAGUCUAACACAGCUAACGAUAGCGAUACAACUCAUAAAAUAAAAUAAAAUAAAAUAAAAUAAAAUAAAAUAAAAUAAAAUAAAAUAAAACAAUAAAUUUGGCCAAGUCUCUUUUAGCAUUUAAACAAUUUUAAGAUGUGUAGCGAAGCUGGUGGGCGUAGUAGUAGAUUUAUUUGGCAUCAAUUAAAUUAAAUAAAAUUUAAUUAAAUUAAAUUAAAAUAAAAUAAAUUUGGCCAAGUCUCCUUUAGCAUUUAAACAAUUUUAAGAUGUGUAGCGAAGCUGGUGGGCAUAGUAGUAGAUUUAUUUGGCAUAAAUUAAAAUAAAAUAAAAUAAAAUAAAAUAAAACAAUAAAUUUGGCCAAGUCUCUUUUAGCAUUUAAACAAUUUUAAGAUGUGUAGCGAAGCUGGUGGGCGUAGUAGUAGAUUUAUUUGGCAUCAAUUAAAUUAAAUAAAAUUUAAUUAAAUUAAAUUAAAAUAAAAUAAAAUAAAUUUGGCCAAGUCUCCUUUAGCAUUUAAACAAUUUUAAGAUGUGUAGCGAAGCUGGUGGGCAUAGUAGUAGAUUUAUUUGGCAUAAAUUAAAAUAAAAUAAAAUAAAAUAAAAUAAAAUAAAAUAAAAUAAAAUAAAAUAAAAUAAAAUAAAAUAAAAUAAAAUAAAACAA